UGGGGUUUUUCGUGCGCAUGUGCGCCAGAAUGAGAAUGUUGAGCAAAACAGACUAGAAAAUAAGCACUGGCGUUAUUUAUUGAAAGUUGCUAGCGAAUUCUCUCUCCUCGCAAUAUUAGCUAACUAACAUUUAUCAUUUUAGAUUCCAAAUUGUAAAAACAUGACGGAGCCUCAGGCAGCACUGUUACUCAGGAGACAGCUGGCAGAGCUGAAUAAGAACCCAGUGGAGGGAUUCUCAGCAGGUUUGAUAGAUGAUAACGACCUCUACAGAUGGGAAGUCUUAAUCAUCGGCCCACCAGACACAUGCUAUGAAGGUGGUGUGUUUAAAGCACAUCUCACGUUUCCCAAAGACUACCCUCUCAGGCCACCUAAAAUGAAAUUUAUCACAGAUAUAUGGCACCCUAAUGUUGACAAGAACGGUGACGUAUGUAUUUCUAUUUUGCACGAGCCGGGUGAAGACAAGUACGGCUAUGAGAAGCCUGAGGAGCGCUGGCUGCCCAUCCACACAGUGGAAACCAUUAUGAUUAGCGUUAUCUCCAUGUUGGCGGACCCUAACGGAGACUCGCCUGCCAAUGUAGAUGCUGCAAAAGAGUGGAGGGAAGACCGACAUGGGGAAUUCAAAAGGAAAGUGGCCCGUUGUGUAAGAAAGAGCCAAGAGACUGCCUUUGAGUGAUAUUUAUCAAACGGCUUCUAGCUUCACUUUUUCAGGGUCUCCAAUUGAGAAACAACAUGGCACUGUUUUCCUGCACUCCACCAACCUAUUGCUCGGCUGGUCUUCAUUGACUUUGUCAGAAACCGUCUGGCGACAAUAGGCUGCAAUAGAACAUAACAGCUGUUACCAGAUCCUGACCGAAAACUGCCAAGCAAGUGUCAACUGAAAAACAACAACAAAGCAAAAGAUGAAUAACACGUUUUUUUUAAAGUCUAUGAACUGCUACAACUUUUCAGGAAGAUAUUGUAAAAACCUGUAUAUAGCACAGACAUAAAACCGGAUAAUAUAUCAAUUGUCCCUAUCCAUCCAGCAAGACACUUAGUACCAAAUAAAUAGCGUUUCUGUAGGUAGAAUCUGAAUCCUGUAGACUCUUGUACGUUUUUAUUCCACUUCCCCCUUCAACAUCUACUCUAGUGUGCAUGAGUUCAGUUCUGUUACAGGUUGCUUUGACGGACAGGAGGUCUUGUAGUUGGCAGAAUGGUAAUAAUGCAAUGCUGUUGUACAAUCCCUCUAAUGGAGGAGAGCUGUGUUGGUUCUAGAAUGACUGAAGUAUCAGGCCAAAAAUGCAUGUAUGGCAGAGGGACGUAAGGGUGCAUUACACAUACUGUAGCAUGCUUGUCAUGUUGGGUUCCGUCACCUCAGCACUUCAGGAAAAGUUGCUGUAAGUCACCAUUUAACUUAUGAAUAAGGUUAUAGAUACAAGUCUUUAUUUCGGAUUUUAACACCAUGCGGUGCUCCCCCUACCAUGACGGACAUUACCCCAUUUGUCAAGUUCAGGUGUGUUUCUUCGGAGAUGGACAUAACCAUUACAAGUCAUGCAUGCACAAAUUGAACUCAUAGUUUUUAAUUAGUAUUUUUUUCUCCAAAAGUGCCUCCUAUAAAUUGCCUGGCAAUUGCCCCCUGUAUUGAGCCAGAGUUAGUUUCAGAAAAAUCUGAGAAAUUGCUAAAACACACCCUAAAUGUGUGUACGACGUGUGCAUAAGUUAUUCUAUAACAUCAGGACAAUGUAUAAUUUAAAAUAUUGGUUCAAAUUUGGUGUAGCAAUAACUUUCCCCCGGUGUGUGGUGUACAGUCUUAUGUUUGUUAAAUAUUCUGAUGAGAUUCGGGUGAUAUGGGGAGCUAUUUCUCCUAUAUUCACCUUGAUAAAGCAGAUUAAUUUGCAGCACCCUAUUUCCCUUGUGUGGUGUCCUAGGUAGGAUUUGUUAUGCAUGCUUUUAACUUUAGGUUUUCUUGCUGGUAGUUUUGGGGUUUUGAUUUAAAAUGUGUGAGAGUGUGUGCCCUUUUCUUUUCCAUCCCUCUAUUCCCCUGAUCCUCGAUUUCCCCUGGUUUAUUAUUUUAUACUGUCUCUGAUGGACUAUUGCAGUUUACUUGCCUAAUGUACAAAGACAAAAUACUGAUGUAUAUUUUGUGUGUUAUGUAGUGAGUUCUUCGAAAAUAAGAUUUUUUUCCCAAUAA